AUGGCGGUUGAAGGCGGGAAAAUUUCGAAGUACCGUUCUGUUCUGGAAAGAUAUUACAAAAAGUUUUAUAAAAUAAGUAAGUAUACAACCAACGUUUAUUAAAUGUCUUAAUGCCAAAGUUAGUAAUAAACAAAGUUAAAAACUUGUCUUGCAAAAUUUGUGCUAUGUGUAAAUAUUUAGAAUAAUGUCAUUGAAUUAAAUAAUUUGUUUUAAUUGUGAUUUAUUGGUUGUUCAGAUAUAAAUGAUGUCCCAUUUGCGGAUCAAUGUGUACUACAACAUUCAAACAAGUAUGUAAUUUGGUAGCUUAUAAAUAGUUAUCUAAAAAUAUAAUUAAUAUUUACCUCCCUAAGACUGAAAAUGUAUGGGUUUGAGAACCUCGCAGGCAUUCAUUGGGGGUGAUCUCCAUGAGUAUAACUGUAACCCUUGCAAUGAAUGCCUGUGAGUUAUUCAAAAUGAAAAUGUAUUGCUUGGAACUAUCAAAACAAGUUGACCAUUGUGAUACCAACAUAGCUACUGUGACAUAACGUUAUCAGAUGAUCAUGUAAUUCAAACCUCUAUGUUGGUUUUGCUAGGAUUUGUGUGGUGACAGUAGCUCCAAGACAUCCUAUACUGAGCAAAGGUGAAGUGGUCAAAGUUGAUUUUCAAGUGAGCAAAAAAGUGAAUCGUUUAGACAAUAAAGUGAGUGGGAAAGGCAAGAGAGGAGCACAGCACUUGCUACCAUCCUCACCACUCUGUGACGUCACUUGUUCCACUGGAGAGAAAUAUACUUUAUACAGGUAUGAUUUAUUUCCAGACUUUCCCAGUGCAAGGCUAGAGAUUAAUGUCUUGAUGACAUCAAUUUUAGAUAGCAGAUGUUGAAACCUUGGUAUCCUAUUUCAUACCAGGAAAAAUUAUAAUAUCAAACCCUAUGCAAUUUAUGCCAUAAACCCAACUCUAGUUCCAAUAAAUCCUACCAGUAAUUAAUCCUAAUUUAAUCCUAAUAUUGUUAAUCCCAACCUAAUUGUGUCCCCUAAUCCUAGCCAUUCUCGUGUUUAGCUGUAUCAAGGGAAAACUUGUUGAAGUAAAUCAAUUCUUGGAAACAAAUCCUGGACUGCUUAACAAAAAGGUCAAAUAAUAAUAUAUUUCCAAAAAUUGAAGUAUGUAUGGUAGCACAUUGUUGGUCCUUUUACUAGGCUAAGCUUUCUUUCUCCCUGAAUUAUAUCUCUCUGUUUAUGCCUUGAAUAAACCUACCCCCCCCCCCUGGGAGUCUGCCUUGCAUAAAAAUUCUUCCCCCUGGGAGCCAUACACAACCUCGCUGUGGCAUGUUGUCUUCCCUUCUUGAACUUCUCUUUGUCAACCUUGUAUCUUUCUCUCCCUCUUUGCUCCUGUCAGUCCUGUCUUAUCCCCCCCCCUGACAGCCCAUGAAACUGGACUCCACACAAAGCAGGGCUUUCAAAAUAACCCGGCAGCCGCCAGAGAUCUGGCGGGUGGCGCAAGGUUUACCGCCGGUUACUUUGUUUAGUACUUGAAACAUCAAUUCUGCUCUCCUUUAUCCAUACUAAGCUUUCAAACAAAGUUAUUUUCCUCAACUUGGUCUAUACUUUAUAGCCUGGUUAUUUUCGAAAACAACAUACUAUUUCGUAAAACUGAUUUAGUUAUUUGCCAUCUUAUUGUCGAUUUUGUGUCACUUUUCAACGCGCGGUUCCCAAGUUCGUUGGAAACGUGCCAAUUACGUUUCCAAGUUCAAAAAUGGGGCGUGAACUUUGCAACAAAAAUCGCAAGUACGUUUCAAUGUUUGAACUAUUGUAAACAAAUGUUCAUAGUUCAAGUUGAAAUUAACAAUUCAAAGAAAAGUUCUUGGUCGAGUGGUCUACCAAGGUUUGUAUUUCAUUGAGUUGGCUAUUAUUGAGUAUGAACAUUUGUUCACAAACAAAGUUCAAACAUUUGUAGAAAAUUUAGCGCCCAAUUUCCGAACUUGGAAACGUAAUUGGCAAGUUGGCAACGAACUUGGGAACCGCGCGUUGAAAAGUGACUUGAAAUUGACAAUAAAUCUUGUUGAAGAAUGGAAGUAGUGAUACAUCAUUAUUUGUGUUGUAUUGCUAUCUAAUCAAUGUACCUAAUUAAUUUGGACCUAACUAGACUGUCCCCUCCAUACAGCCGCCUACUUUAUCAAAACAGACACCUACUCUGAAUAAUUCUGAAAGCCCUGACAAAGGACUAAUAUAUGUUUUGACCAGCAUUUUGUGAUGAGUGUAAAAUUUCCUCUUGCAGCCAAUGACAGACGGAUAUAUUGCAGUGGUGUUACCCAAACUUCACGAAGUUGAUGAAGCAUUAUCAGAAUUAAUGACUGAGGCAGAUUAUGAAGUUUUACUGAAGCAGUAUAAAAUAUCUGGUAUGGGAGAUGAUGAGAGUACUGGUAAAAAUGAUGAAACACAAGGUACCAUGUCUCCUGGUGGUAAUGUGUAG